CCGGUCCCAGACACUGCCUCCAACACAAGCUCCCACUUGCCUACCUCCUUGCCUCCCCCCUCCCCUCUUUGCUUCUCGCAAACUACCCUCCCCCACCCUUGCACGCACACACGCACGCACGCACAAACACAUACUCGAGUUCCCGGCGCUCUUCGCACCGCUCUCCCCUUUUUUUCUUUCCCAUCUGGCUUAGCCCGGGCAUCGGCUCCUCCCUCCUGCACCGCCGCUAUGAGCUCCUCGCCCCAGCCGGCCCCUGUGGUCCCCGCGGCUCCGGUUUCGGCUGCCUUCGGGCGGCCAAAGCGUCCGAGCCAGGCGAUUGCCGAGUCCAGCGCUCAGUCGGCCCUGCAGCGCCGGUCUAAGCGUCGUCGCGUCUGCCCGACUUGUGGCGACUUUGACGAGGAUGCUCGGCCUGGAGUCGUCCUGCGCAACCAGGCCUCCGCCCCCGGGCAGCCGGCCCCGCGGACCCUGGUCGAGGACGAUGUCACCGGUGAGGUGGCCUGCUCUAGCUGCGGUUCCAUCGUCGAGCUGAUGCUUGAUGAGCGGACCGAGUACCGAACCUUCAGCAACUCCGAUAAGAUCAACACCUCGGACCCCAACCGUCUUGGAGGUGUCAUCGAUCCAUCCCGCGAUGGUAUUGAUGGCAACGCCCUGACCAUCGGCUUCCGUGAUGGUGGUAGCGGCGUGGCGCGCACCCUGAUGCGCACUCACAACCGUGACAACAGCUCGAUGAACCAGAAGACCAUUGACAGUACCCAGCGGAAGAUUGCCAACAUCUGCCGCGACCUGAACCUCUUGACCAAGAUUGAGCGGGAGGCGGUCAACCUCUUCGUGCAGUACGAGUCAAAGAUGAGCGGGCGGUCCACCGACUCCCUGGUAGGCGCCUGUAUCUACUUUGCCACCCGGUUUAAGAAGCAGUUCAUCGAGGAGAAGGCCAUCGCGGAUGCCGCGAGCAUUGAGGAGAAGCAGUUCAAGAACACGGUCAAGGGCCUGCGCACCCUCCUGGAGGAGGAUGGAUGCAGCGUGCCGAUGAUGCACCUCGAGCGGCCGGUCGAGUACUACUGCCACAAGUGGGGCUUCAAUCCGCACAUUGUUCAGAACGCCUCGAUCAUUGCCUCGCAAGUUCGCGAGAACUAUCUCCUCUCGGGCAAGAAGCCGACCACCAUCACGGCUGCCAUCAUCUUCAUGGUGACCAACCUGACGGGCGAGCCCACCACCAGCAGUCAGGUGUCCGAGGUCACUGGUGUCGGUGAGAAAACCUUCUUGGACAUUUACAAAAUCCUCCGGAAGCAUCGCCAGGAACUGGUGGCCAAGCUCCCGCAAAACCGCAUCAAGAUCAACCCCGACGACCUUCCCCAAGCGUAAGGUGGUCAACAAAGGGGAUAGGCGUCACCUGACGGGGCCCCUCCCCUGCCUGCUCUCCGUCCUCUCCCGGCCCGCCUUUGACCUUCUCUCCUCGCCAGGAGGAAGGGGAAGGGGCAGACGGGAGGACGGGGGGAACCACCAUGGCCGUGAGAGGGGGGACAUCUCACUUGGGACGCGAACCGGCCCCUUUUUCUUUUUUUUUUUUUUUUUUUCUUUGUCCUCCCCUCUCCCCCCUUCGCGCACGCGUGUGCGCAACACCCACCGGCGGCGUACACACACAAGAGGCAGACAUUGAUGUGUAUGUGUAUGUCCGGUGGUGGGCAAAAAUACAACCCCGUGGAAGAGGGUCGGGCAAAUGUCCA